GCUGAAGCGGAAGUGAGGCGCGCCCCUUCUGCGCCGAAGCGGAAGUAAGACGCAACCCGCAAAGAUGGCAGACGACGUAGCGGCAGAUGAAAGUGACAAGAAAGCAGACAUUGAGCGUGCAAAGAGCGAUGGCAAAGAGCUGACCAAAGAGGAGAAGCAGCGGCUGAGGAAGGAGAAGAAGCAGCAGAAGAAAAACAAAGAAAGACGAGAUGACGCCACAAAGCCUGAGGCUUCUGCCGCGCUGCCUUCACCGAACGCUCCAUCCUCAGUGCCAGCCACCGACGCUCCCGUGACCUCGGACAAGCCGGCCAAGAGCAAAGCGGAAGUGAAAGCGGAGCGGAGACCUCGACACGACUCCGACAAGUCCUCCAAACAGGGCAAAAAGCGCGACGGCAGCCAGCAGCAGGCCGCCUCCGCCGCCAAACCCAAAGUGCCACCCGGCGAGCUGCUGCAGCCUGUGGUGAAGAGGCUGCCUGAACACAUCCAAGUCGAUGACCCCGAUGUUGUCAAGAAACUGGCCAAGAAGCUGGAAAGACAACAGAUCCCGCUGCGCUCGGACUAUGGCUACAAGGUCAGCCUCUUUUCACACCUGCACCAGUACAGUCGCAAAGCUCCUCUCACGCAGCAAGUCGGCAUCCCCUCGUCCGUAAUCCACCCCGCUAUCGUUCGACUGGGCCUUCAGUAUUCCCAGGGCAUUGUGGCGGGAUCCAACGCUCGCUCGGUGGCGCUGCUGCACGCCUUCAAGGAGGUCAUAAGGGACUACGCUACUCCGCCAAAUGAAGAGCUAGCCAGAGACUUAGUCAACAAAUUAAAACCUUACAUAAGCUUCUUGAACCAGUGUCGCCCUCUGUCAGCCAGCAUGGGAAAUGCAAUCAAAUACAUCAAGAAGGAGAUUUCUAACAUUCCAAAUCACUGCAAGGAAGAUGAGGCAAAGAGCAAGCUGCUGAACUGCAUCGACUGCUACAUCGACGAAAAGAUCGUGCUGGCGGCCAAAGCCGUGGCGGGGAUCGCCAUCGGAAAGAUCAGCGACGACGACGUCAUCCUGGUCUACGGCUGCUCGUCGCUGGUCAACCACAUCCUCUACGAAGCCUUCAAAAUGGGCAGGAAGUUCCGCGUUAUCGUGGUGGACAGCAGGCCGCGGCUCGAGGGCCGCGAGACCCUCAGGCGCCUGGUCCAACGGGGCAUCAGCUGCACCUACGUCCUCAUCUCCGUCGUCUCCUACAUCCUCCCGGAGGUGUCAAAGGUCCUCCUGGGCGCCCACGCGCUGCUCGCCAACGGCUACAUGAUGUCUCGCGUGGGCACGUCCCAAGUUGCUCUGGUGGCCAAAGCCUUCAACGUGCCUGUGCUGGUGUGCUGCGAGACGUACAAGUUUUGCGAGAGGGUGCAGACCGACUCCUUUGUAUCAAACGAACUCGACGAUCCUGACAACCUGAUCGUGACGCGGAAGGGCAAGACGCAGCUGGCGCACUGGCAGGAGGUGCGCUCGCUGGGUCUUCUCAACCUGGUAUACGACGUGACGCCGCCUGACUUUGUGGACGCCGUCAUCACCGAGCUGGGCAUGAUCCCGUGCACGUCGGUGCCCGUGGUGCUGCGCGUUAAAAGCGUCGACCAAUGAGCACAUGUGACCUUGCGUGCUUUGAGCGUGGAAUAAAUAAGUGACUAUAAUAAAUAUAUAUAUAGCCGCACGAGUGACUUUUAAA